GGACCGGCGGCCGCUCCCGCCGGGCAGCAGCGCUCCGCUGCGGUUUGGAUUUCCCGCUCCGCCCCAGGACGUGAUGGCACCCAGAAACAAGUACAGGCUUCCAGUGCCACUUCCAGAAGGCAAGAUUCUGGAAGACAUGGAAGGAAACCGGUGGGCCCUGGGCAAGAUGAUAGGCUCUGGAGGGUUCGGACUGAUAUACUUAGCUUUCCCCACAAAUAAACCAAACAAAGACGCAAGGCAUGUAAUAAAAGUGGAAUAUCAAGAAAAUGGCCCAUUAUUUUCAGAGCUUAAAUUUUAUCAGAGAGCUGCAAAAAGAGAAUAUAUCCAUAAGUGGAUAGGACAGAGAAAGCUUGAUUACUUGGGAGUUCCUGUAUUUUAUGGAUUUGGUCUGACUGAUUUCAAAGGAAAAAGUUACAGAUUCAUGGUAAUGGAAAGACUGGGGAUGGAUUUACAGAAGCACUUAGACCAGAAUGGCACAUUUAAAAAGUCAACUGUCCUACAACUUGGAAUCAGGAUGCUGGAUGUACUGGAAUAUAUACAUGAAAACGAAUAUGUUCACAGUGAUAUAAAAGCAGCAAAUCUACUGUUGGGUUACACAAAUCCAGAUCGGGUUUAUCUUGCAGACUAUGGACUUUCCUACAGAUAUUGCCCCAAUGGGAUCCACAAACAGUACCAGGAAAAUCCCAGAAAGGGCCAUAAUGGGACAAUAGAAUUCACAAGUUUGGAUGCCCACAAAGGAGUAGCCCCUUCCAGAAGAAGUGAUGUUGAGAUCCUCGGUUACUGCAUGCUGCGCUGGCUAUGUGGGAAGCUACCUUGGGAAACAAACCUGGGGGACCCUGUGGCCGUCCAGACUGCUAAAACCAAUCUGCUGGAUGAGCUCCCGGACUCGGUGCUUGCAUGGGCUCCUGCUGGAAGCAGUUGCUAUGAACUUGCCCAGUUCUUGGUGUGUGUUCAUAAUUUAGCUUAUGAUGAAAAGCCAGACUACCAAAAGCUCAAGAAAAUUCUGAAUCCAGAUGGAGCACCUUUCGGGCCACUGGAAUUUUCCGCUAAAGCACCAAGUGUCAGCGUGUGUACCCCCACCCAUCAAAAGGUUGAUUCACCAAGGGUUACAACAAAACCAGCUAAUGAGUUCUCAGGUAAGCCCACAGAAAAAGUCAGUGGAGAGACAAGUGCAGCUCGGAGAAAGGAGCAUGAGGAGAGGCCAGCCAGAGCACCGAGGAGCACAGCAGCAGUGCAGGAAAACUCUAGAAGAGGAAACAUUUAUGAGUACUCCGAUCUUCUGAGUGACAUGCACAGUCUUCGACAGACAUCCAGCUAUAUGAGUUCCCAAAGGCCAUACUACAAGCCCUAUACGCCCAAUCUGGACUGUACCAGUAGAGAUCCAGUCAGGAAGCCAAGAUCCGCAUCUUGGCACAGAUACACUUCCACAGGUGACAUGGGAGUCACAGACCUGGAAAGUCCUUCGAGACUUUGGCCGUCAGUUUUUCAGCUGACUCUGAGUGAAGAGACAAAGGCUGACGUGUAUUACUAUGGACUCACUAUAUUCUGCCUGCUGACAUUAGUAUGUCUUGCUUUGUAUUUUCUCUGA